GGGGUUGGUUGGGUUGGGGUGGGGGGGGGGUGAUCACUGAGUCUGAUGCCUGUCGUGGAUGUGGGAAGGACGUGGCAGCAGCGGCUGAGGGGUUGAGGCAGAUCUGUGGUCUCCUGUGUUGAAAGUAGCCGGCGUCAGGACGUUAUGCCCUGUGAGCAGUGAGGGGUAGCGCGUGCGAGCCAGGAGCAGCUGCUGUGACCGCAUCUGCGCUGCCUGCAUGUCUCAGAGAGGCAGGGGAUGCAGCAAACCUCUGCCCUGAGCACACAGGCUGCUAGCUGUACCCGGCGAGGAGAAGAACCAGAGUCGAGAGGCUCACCUGCCGUCUGUCGGAUCCGAACCUGGAUUUACUGCUUUGAGGGAUGAGGAGCACGUUCUCCGGCGGAGCCGCGCAGCCAGCAGCCUGCUGAGGAGCGUGAAUGCAGGGCAGCGCGGGGAGCACCGGCACCACCAAGGACACGCAGCUCUUCUCCGCGGGCACACAGCCUACCUGGAGCUUUAUCAUCAAGGAAUCUAUACUUGGAUUUUAUUAUGAAUUGAGGAGUUUGGAAUCAGCACACUGUGGAAAAAUCCUAAGCCAAGGUUUCUUUGAUGUAGGAUUUACAAUAUGUCUACCUGACCGUACUCCCGUGUGGCUCUGGAGUAAGGACGAAGUAUGAUUUGAGCGAAUGUGUGUUUCCCUGAUCAAAAAUAACACGAGUACCUCAACAGUACUUUAGAAAUGCUGCUACCUUCAUUGUAUGAGCCUUGUCCUAGCUCUCAAAGAGGUUGACCAAUGAAGCCAUGGGACUCAGCCAGAGCUUUACAAGUAUGUGGUGAAAACCCUGACAAAUUCAUUUUUUGGGGGAACUGAAUAUUUGUGUGUUGCUUCCUGAUGGAAUCAUUUCUGAUUUUAGAAUACAUGACGGGGAUGUUUUUUUUUGUUGCUUUUUUUUGUUUUUUUUUAGCAGAGUAAAUAAUGUGUGAUAUAUGAAAAUGUCUUGAUUUAGAGAUAAAUAAUUUCACCUUUUUCCUCUACCUGAAAGCGAUCUAGCCUCCUGACUUGUGUUCAUGUUGUCGGACUAGCUAGGCACUAAUUUUUUUACACCUGCUCAUCUGCUCACUAAAGGAAUGUUUAGUGAGCCGUGUUUGUUGGAAGGCGCCGUAGCGGCUCGGUCCAACAUGAGUUAACGGCACCGAUCUUCAGAUGGGCUUCCUUCCCUGCACUACCUCCACCCUCGCCUGACAUUUCCAGUCAGUCACACUAACACUAGUGGGUGUAUAUUAGCCUAGUCAGUCCCCUGCAGGGCUCGAGCGGUCCCUGCAGCACUUUUCCUCUCCCCUCCUCCCGUGUUUUGAGUUUAGCCGGGCCCCCGCCUGUACUGUGGGAGCCCCCUCACCCCCGGCCUGGACCCUGUCUCCCCCCCACCCCGCCUGGUGCUGCUGCACUCGGCUCUGCCUCUGCUGGCCGAGGAUGAUGUGGCAAUGCCAUGUGUCGUCCUCUGAGUGCCGCUGCUACCGGCUGAACGGCUUCUCCCUGCUGAAGCGCUUCCCUCUCUCGGCAGAUGGGGCCUGUGGUAAAGCCCUGGACCAGCCGGUGGGAGAGUGGCUGGAGCACGUGGGGCUGCCGCAGUACGAGAGCAAGUUCCUGCUCAAUGGCUUUGACGACCUACGAUUCAUGGGAAGUAACGUGAUGGAGGACCAGGACCUCAGAGACAUGGGGAUCACUGAUCCAGGACACAGGAAGAAAAUCCUCCAUGCGGCACGCAGCUUGCCCAAGGUAAAAGCACUGGGCUGUGAUGGCAGCACAUCUCUUGCCUCCUGGCUGGACGGCCUCGGCCUGCAUGAGUAUCUGCCCAACUUCCUCUCAAGCGGCUACCGCACACUGGAGUGUGUCAAGAACCUGUGGGAGCUGGAGAUCGUCAAUGUUAUUAAGAUUGGUCCUCUGGGCCACAGGAAGAGGAUCAUUGCUUCUCUAGCGGAGAGGCCGUAUGAAGAGGCACCGACUAAGUCCCGUCGUCUGUCCCCAAUUAUGUUCCACGACCUCCUGUCCCAGACCACGUCUCCCCUCAGCCAGAUGGACCCCUACACCAGUCGCUCCAUGGACAUGCUCCUGCCCCUGUCCGAGUCGGACCGGAGGCGGAGAGGAAUUGACCAAGACUGUAGUGUAUCUCUGCGUUCUUACAGCGAGAGGCCGCGCUCUGUAGACAGACACAGCGAACGACACAAAGAGUCUCGUUUAAACCUCCGGCCGCCGAGCCAGUCUGCUACCUACGCCACGGUGUCCGCCUGGCAUCACCAGCCUGAGAAACUCAUCCUGGACUCCUGCGGCUACGAGGCAACGUACCUGGGAUCAAUGAUAAUCAGGGAUCUACGAGGAAUUGAGUCCACACAAGAUGCCUGUGCUAAAAUUAGAAAAUCAAAGGACUCAAGAAAGGGUCCAGUUGUCAUCCUGUCCAUUACCUACAGAGGGGUGAAGUUCAUUGACGCAGCCACGAAGACUAUAGUUGCAGAGCACGAGAUCAGGAACAUCUCCUGUGCCGCCCAAGACCCAGACGACCUCUGCACGUUUGCCUACAUCACCAAGGAUCUGAAGAGUGGCCACCACUUCUGCCAUGUCUUCAGCACAGUGGAAGUGACACAGACCUACGAGAUCAUCCUGACGCUGGGGCAGGCGUUCGAGGUGGCCUAUCAGAUGGCGGUGCAGUCCAGGGCGAGACAGUAUGUCCCCCCUACAUCUCUGGUCUCCGAAGUCGUAGAAACCAAAAGCAGCCGUCCCGUAUCUCAGUCCUGGAGCGGCAUGCGAAGAUCAGCAGGUGCCCCUCUGCUCGAAUGCCGCUGCUGUCACUGUCACACGUGUACUACCCACCGUCCUUCCUUCCUCCCGUUGCACUCUGUUAGCCCUGGAGUCCAGAUCGACCCCCUGGAGAUGGACGCAGACAUGCAGUCCCUGGGCAGCACCACCUGGCUCUUGGACCAGCGGGACUCCAACAGGCGCCCCGUCAGCACCAACCUGUCCUGUCUUACCAGGCAUCUACCACUGUGAGGCACUAUGAGGAGGCUGCUUUGCUAGCAUGGGAUGCAAGAUGGACAAUUAAUGAGUGAAAAGACAAAACAUGCAGAGCGACAUGCAGAGAACAUCCAGUUUUUUCUUUUUCUACGCAUUUGUACAAUAGUCAUAGCGAGACCACAACGGACUGGUCGAACAAAUCUGUCAAUGAUGUCUCCGAACGGACCAAGAACCGAGACCUCGAACACUGACACGCAGGAGGACAGCUGUCCUUCGCCCUACCGAGGACAACAGCCUUACUUCAUUUAGUUUUCUAUAAUCGGCUAAAUCCCCUGACCCCUCCUGCCCCCGCCCCCGCCCCCCGAACACCGCCACCCAACAACUGCACGCCUCCACCCUGCUUCUAAAAGACUGAAAAAAAAAAAUGAAAAAAAAAGGACAUGUUAUUACCCGGUGUAUUAAACUGACUGUGACUGGCUGGGAUGAUGUUGUUCUGAUGAUGGUACAGUUUUGUCAGGAUGAGUCUUUGCUCUGGCCUUGUACUGCCCCGUGCCUCUCAGCAUUCAUGGUAGCACAGAGAGAGCUAAUCACAGCAUCUUCUUCUUCUUCUUGUCAAGUUUUUAUAAGAAAGAAAGAAAGAAACACUGUGUUUAAAAAAAAAAAAAAAACAAGAACAAAAAAAACGUGGCACUAUCCCUUUUAAAAAAACUUGUUUUCUUUUCUUACAGCGCAAAUGGGAAAUUGGUGGGUUUUGUGAUAGACGGGGGCUACAUGAAACACACAAGGGUAGAUAAGGGACCGCAAAGGAUCCCGACUUGAUUACAACCAGAAGCAAAAAACAAACAAACAACUGAAAACUAACUGACCUUGCUGGCACAUUUCACAAUUUUUGGGAAUCUUACACCAAAAACAAGGUGAUUUCAUAGUCAACUGUAUUAGCGAGCCCCCGGCACAGAUUUGGUGCACGUAGCGUCCUGUUAUCAUGAUUACAUGCUGUUUCACGCCAAUUUAGAAUGAGGUGCAAAGUACGUCACCUGAGAAUAAACAGCAGUGAAAAGAUUUAAUCCCAGACGUAAACGUCGCUCCGGUGUCGCGUUAGUGGAUUUGUCACGGAGGGAACAUGGCACCAUUUGAUUUAUUUAUUUGUUUGUUUGUUUGGUUAAAAGGGAUUUUCCUCCUGCACUGUGACUGAAAAAUGCUCGUUGUUGGAGUCGACACAUGUCUGCGGGUUCCCCCCUCCUCCACUUUUUUUUAUUUGUGUGCACUUACCUGCCGUGCGUCGCUGUAUGCCUUGUUUCUGUCUGUCCUCGUGGGAGUUUGGACUGUUAACGUCGCACACACACAUCCUCCCGCACCCCCACCCCCCACCGUCCUGGCCACCGUCCUUGUCUCUGUGUGCUGCAGGAGACGCGAGGGACUGGAGAGUGUUGAGAUGUAACCGGUCUGUGUGCGGUACCGUGGCUGUGUCAUUGCCACUCUGUUCUGACUGUUACCCGUUAGCUUCCACUGGCGAUGCAUGUUGGCAGUGUUUCUUUUCCUUUGUGUUCUGUACUCUUUGAUGCACUUGGCCUGGGCCGUCUCUGUAUGUUACUGUAGCAGUGUCUCGUCUCCUCUCGCUCAUCCGCUUCCUGCGUUCUUCGCCGGUUCCAGCGUUCCAUGCGCACAUCUCCCAUUUUUUUGCCAUCGUCUUCAUUCCUCCCAACCUUUUCGUAUGUCCUGGCAUUUUGUGUGUCACCAAGACAACCUGCUCUAGUAUGGAUGCAUAAUAUAUAUAUAUACGUUUAUAUAUAUACAUAUAUAUAAAGAAAAAGCACUACACUUUAAUGAGCAGCAGCUGUUUUUAAAGCAAGUUUUGGUGGCAUGAUGAUACGGCUGUGCAUGUACCGGUCUUUUUUAACAUUGGUGUUUUCCUUGUGUAGCUCACCCCAGCGUUCAAGUUUCCGGAUACCAAGCUGUGAGUUGAAGGGGAGCGGCCGAUGCGAGAGUGUGUUUGCGUAUGUGUUGAGUUUAGUGGGAAAAGAGUUAGAGAGAAGCCGAGAGGUAAGCCUUUACGCAGCGUGCAGGGCCCACCAACACUACUCUUGACAUUUAGAUCUCACUCUGUAUAACCCCCCACCCCCCCUAGCCGCCCCCUACUCCUCCUGCUCCUCCACUGCCCCUGAGAUGAAUCCCAACACGAAGACGAAAGGUAACCCGUGAUCCCGCAUCACCGGCUAAACAGGGCCCGUGUAUCACUCCUGUCUUGAGAAAGGUCAGCCAGAAAGGUCAAGUCUAUUUCCUGGCCUCCGUCUGACUUUCUGAUCCUGUCAUGUAGGUACUGUAACGUUUAGAGCACUGUAGACCAUUAAUGAUAUAGACCAGUAAUGAGCAUUUCUAUUGAUUCAGGUCUAUUGAGGAUAGAAUACUGUGGGAAUUAUUAAAGGGUAACAAAAUGUAGAGAUAAAAAAAAAAAAAAGAAGAAAAACUGUACCAGCAUACAAUGCUUUGCCCAUGUUUGUGGACAGAGUGUGGUUUGUCAAUGAAAAUGUGAUACUGUUUCAAAUUUCAAAGCAAUAUUAUAUUAAUGAAAUUAAAUAAUACAAAGACUAAAGAAUCCCUCUCA